UGUCUGCGGAGCUGAAUGAACGUGACUGGACUAGCUAGAGACAUACUGUAACGAACGAAAAGAGGCACGAUGAGGCACAAAAGAGGCCAACCCUCUUUCAUAAUUUGAUUGUGGAAGCAGUAGAAAGAAAGAAGAGCUGUCUUGACUCACGAUGAGCUCUUCUGUGAAUGCCGGUGCCAAGGCAUUGCAAGAACGACUGCACGAACUGAUUACUCGUUUGGCGGCGACGACUGAAUUGGUCAAGAAUUGGCCCGAAUCCAAAGACGACGAUGCGUCGAUUCACGUGGAAACGACGACGAAACUGAUCAGCCACAUUAACAACGUGAUUGCUUCUGUGCAACGAGUGGAUGGAGUCGUCAAGGCGGAUGCGUUACUGCGCAAGAAUUUGCAAGAGUGUUUGAUUCCCUUGGAUUUGCUCGAUUUGUUGGAUCAUGGCAAUGGAUUGAAUCCCGACUGUUUUUCGCGGGCACUGCUGCGAGAAGCACUGGGACAAUUGGCCGGACUAAAGCGACGAAAAUUGGCACUCGAAAUGCUGGGGGCGGCCGUACAGUCGGGGCUCAAUCGGGAAGUCGCCAAGGAACGAAAGAAACAACAAAAAGAAAAUACUAGUACUUCUACGGAACCAACCAAGAAAAAGAGAAAAUUGGAACUAUCCGGCAAAACAUCAUCAUCCGCAGUAGACAGCCCCGGUCAAGACGCCAAGGAACCACCCACCAAAAAACAAAGUGUCAGUUAGAGCCAUACGGUAGUCGCAAUUGGGCUGUAUCUUAUUGGCCUUGCUUCUGAGACCUCGCGAAAAUCCAAUCGGAGGCAGAUGAUUGAAUCAUCUCCUCACGCGAUGCAUCGUGGAGUUCAAAUUGAUGAAAACGACAAUCACUAGAUACCGAGCUUUUAAAAUUGGGAAGCUAUACUUAUUGCAUAUUCCAAAAGAUAUACUUUACACUAUCAAUUUGCCAUAUCU